AUGGCACAUUCGGGAAACAUUAAUAACGUGCAAUAUCAGUAUAAUGAUAUGCAGGCGAUUCUAUUGAAUAAACUGAAAGAAUCACGUCAACAGUUUCCUGAUUAUGAUUCAAAAUCAAUUCAUGUCCUAGCUGCUGUUCAUGAUAAUGUCGACGGUCAAUUAGAAUUAUGUUUACAACAAGAAAGUAAAGAGCAUACAGGCGAACGCAUCGUACUCAUUCCGUAUCAUUUGGAAAAUUCACAUUGGAUUGGAAUUUUAAUAGAAUUUCAUUCAAAUGGACAGAUUAAACGAGCCGAAUAUAUUGAUUCAGUGAAUGAACUUGAUGGUGUUCCGGACGGAUUGCAAAAACAAUUCACUAAAGUUUAUCCGAAUGGCAGUUUACAAGUCAAAAGUGUGCAAAAGCAAAAUGAUUCAAACAACAGUACGGCAUUAACUGCUGACAAUUUGCUAAUAGCUGCAAACGUUCGACUUCCAGCAAACAUUAAUUGUUCGAAAGAAGAAACCUCUACUUUGUCAUCAGCUACAUACACUCCAAAGGAAGGUAAUGAAUAUGAACUCAGCGAACUCCAACAGAAAUUAAAUAGUGGUUUGCAAAAAUAUAAUUUUCAGAAUGCAGGUGAACUGGAGACAGAAAUACAAGACACGACCGAACGAAUCCAGAGAUUUCAUAGACAAAGUAGAACAGAACAAGCGCAGGAAGAAAUGAAGUUUUUAGGCGAACUAAAAGAAUUGAAAGAGCUUUCGGAUAAAAUAGCUAGAUGGACUCCUAAUAAGUCUGUUUCUCUAUUCAGUCACGAAUUAAAACUUCAAGAAUUGAGAGAUAAGUUAAAUAGCGGUUUGACAAAGAUUAACCUCCUGAAUGUCAAUCAACUACCAGGAGAAAUACAGGAUGCAGAAGAACGAAUCCAGAAAUAUCAAAAACAAGGUAGAAAAGAAAACGCCGAGGAUGAAAUGAAAUUUCUACUCGAAUUACAAGAAUUAAAAAGAAUUUCAGAAGAAAUAUGCACUCUGACAUCCGUUCCUUCUGCUGAUCUUACGCAUGAACCAACUACCGAGCCAUCUCUGUCAGCAUUGCCGGUAAUUACUGAAAUCAGCACUUCAGAUGAGCACAAUAAAAAACGUUUAUAUCUUGAAGUUUUACUUGGCGAUAUGGCCGAUAUUCCGUCCUGUGCUGAAAAAACCAUUGUGGAACUUCUCGUGCAAUACGAAAACAGAUUACUAGAAGGUUGUACAUCUUCACAAGAAGAAAAUGUAGGAACUUCAUCGUUAGAGAAACUGACAGAUCAAAUCAAAAGAGAAGAAUUUCUUAUGGAAGAUACCAAAGUUAUUCUUCAAGACUUAAAGAUGCAUAAAGAUAGUAGCAAUUACCAGUCCAUAGUAGAUUGCUUGAAAAAGCUCUUACAGGCAAUCAGACCGUUGAAUGUACUAGAGAUACAGAGACUUGUAAGAGAAGCGGAAAAUACAGCUGAAUUAAUUCGUGACAAGGAAAUUGUUCUACUCAUCGGUGAAACUGGAACAGGAAAAUCUACUACCAUCCAAUUUUUAACAGGUUCAAAAAUGAAAAAGACUAGAGUAGAAAUUGCCUCCGGCAAGUUUCUAGAGCAUAUUACAAUAGAUGGACCUCCCCAAAAUCCCCAACUGCAUCGCAUUAGUAGUAGUGCAUUGAAUAAAUCAGAAACACGUUAUAUUACGCCUGUUACAGUGCCAUUGAAAGAUAUUCUGGGUGCACAUGAGAAUGGCCAUAUCACUCUGUGUGAUGCGCCAGGUUUUAGUGAUACGGCAGGUCCAGAAGUAGAUAUUGCAAAUUCUCUAGGAGUUAUUGAAGCCCUCAAAGGAACUGAGAGUGUCAAAUUACUUGUUUUGUCAAGUUACAAAAGCUUAGGUGACAGAGGACAAGGUAUUCAGAAAUUGGCAGAGAUAUUAAUCAAUAUGGUAAAUGGAAUAGGCGAUAAACUUAAAGCUAUAGCUUACGUAUUCACAAAAUAUCCGCCAAAAACGGACAUUUGUGCUUUGUUAACAGAUAUAAAAGUAUCAAAAGUAGAUACAAAUUCUUCUUUACGAUCAAAUAGUGCUUUUAUGGCGGUACUAACGGAUAUGAUUGAAAAAACUGAAGAAGGCGCUUUUGUAAUUGAUCCCAUUCACGAUAAUCCAAAAAAAUUAAUUAGAAUGUUAAAAAAUAUGAAAGGUAUUCAUUAUCCAGCAGAAUGUUUUCGCUUUUCUAUGAGUGGAGAAACUCGAGCAACUAUUGAAAAACAUGUACAACGAGAUAGACUUGGUAUUAGUUAUGCAAUGAAAAACAAAGACAAUAAACUUAUGUCGUAUUAUUUGAAUGAUUUGAAGAUAUUGAAGGAUUUGAUUAACAAAUAUGAUGUUUCACAAAUUUAUGAGCAAUCGAUAAGUUCAGCCAACGAAAGUAUUAGUCGAUAUUGUGCAGAAGUAAAAGAAAAAUUUAAUCGUGUCAUGACCAGUCGCGAUGGAUUAACAGUAGAUGACAUUCGAGACUAUAAAGCUUGUGUUGAAUAUCUUCAAGAAAUUCAACUUACCAAAGAACAUUUAGGACUAUCUUUACCAUCACCUAAAACAUUGAUGCAAAACGUUGCUUUUCACCUCGAUGAAAGAAGACGUACUUUGCAAGAAGAAGGUUUAGACAGUCCUUUAAUUGAAAUAUAUUUGGAUAAUUUUCGUAUGCUUAAAACGUCGUUUAACGAACUCGAAACCGAUUAUAGGAGCUGUUGCGACGAGUUCGAGAAACAUUUCGACAAUCUUGUGCAAACUGCACGUGAACCUAUUCUAAAAAAUGAUUUCAAACAAGUUGCAGAAAUUUUUACUAAAAUAUCUAAAUCUUCUCAUAUUCUAAAAAAUCAUUUGUGUGAACAAAUCAACAAUAAGCAUAAUGACAUUGUCCAAUUGCUCUUACGGCAUCUUAAUAUGUUUUUGAACGAAAUUGAUCCGAUUUUAGCUAAGAACAAAUUAAAUAAAGAUGACAUCAACAUUCUUAACAGGCACAUAGAAACAUUAAGAUCAGCCAAAGAAAAUUAUGUGCUUCGACAAUAUAUUUCUACAUAUGUAGAAAUGUUAAAAACGAUAGUUGAAGUCGGAAAGAAACACAGUAUGGAUAAUAUGCCUCCAGUAUAUACUACAGAUUUGAAUGACAUUUACGAUGAAUUCAUCGCGAAGAUUAUCCAGUAUUUUGAUGGCAUAGUCCUUCGAAUUACGAAACGUUUUGAAGAAAGUGAUAACCAUGCUUUAGAAAACAUAGGGGAAUUAGUUGAAGAUAUGAAUGUUAUUCGUACUAUUCCAGAAGUUGAAUCAAAGACUGCGAGAACAUAUUAUAGUACCGUUGAAAAUAUACGCGAUUAUAUGGACCAACUGCGAAGAGAUGUAGGAAACCAAUUAAUUGAUAGUAUUGAUCAGCCAUCGGAAAGCAUCACUGAUAAACAACUGAUAAGAUCCUUAUCUCAUUUGAAGAAUACACACUGGAUCGAAAGUGUCAAUCCAGGAAAAUAUGAUACAUCAAUGAAUCAGCUGAAAGAACAAGUAAUAGAAUAUGCUGAACAACUGCAGAGUCGUUUGAAAAAACUUGAUUUAAGUUUGAAAUGUCCUGAUAAUGUUAGUAUAGCACAGCAAAUUGUAGAGAAAAUUGAAUCCAUGAAAAUCUUGGAACCCGAUUUUCCACAGCUAGAAAACUAUAGGAAUGCUAUAUUCCGACAUGUCUUACAAUGUACAGAAGUUGUUUUGAAUAGUAUUGAAAAGGAUUUUAAUUUUUCAGAUCAAAUAGCUUGUGAGGAAGAUGAAAAAUUGAAACAAAUUGAAGAAUCAAAAGGCUUACCGGAAUCGAGUUGUCCGAUCGCACAACCAAAAACUAGGCAAGAAACAGAAUUGGAAGGAAUACGAGUUGAGAAACUCGAGUUGAUUAAUCAUAUAAUGAUUCUAAAGUCAUAUGUUGAAACAUAUGAAAACAUAUUAUCGCCAACCACAGAUCACGGGAUAAAUAAAUUGCUUGCAAUGGUAAGCAAAGCAGCAGUAACUGAGAAGAAAAAGACAGAUGCGAUAAGCUAUUUACAAACAUUUGGAUAUGAAAGUAUCGAAGUUGUACAGACAACAAUUUUUAAAUUCCUAAUCGAAUUACAGAAAACUGAGGAAGUUGAAAGAAACUUAACUGAUUCUCAAAAUCGUCUUGAAUCAAUAAAAGAAGAAAAUGGACCACGUGAAGAAAUAAGUUUGUCAUCGGAUGGAGCAUGCAAUGCAUCGCAAUUACUUGUAAAAACCGUUCAAGAUAAAACAAAACCUAAAAUGAAAAGUGAAAAAUAUAAACAUUUGUAUAGAUUGAAUGAUAGGUUCAGAAUAUCUACGGCGAAUAAUGCAUUGAUAUACAUACGUCAUUGUGAACAAAUAACUAAUGAUUGUAUACGAGCACUUACAGCUAGGGCCUAUGAAAUCGUGAGAGAUUAUUUACAACAAUAUAGUAAUUUUCUUGAACACAGAAUACAUCAAAAUUUUAGGGACGGUAUUUGUAAUGGUGCCUCUCAUGAAGAAGAUCAUUCCCAUUAUUCUCAAGACUUAGAAAUAAGCUUGAGUGCAUUAUCUUCUCUUAGUAGAUUUCAGGAUGUUUCUGAAUGUAUGGAAGUCAGCGAGAAGUUAGAGCGUUGGCAACAAGAAUUUAUUCAGCAUCAUCGGGUCUUGUCUGAUAAAAUGCAAGAUUACAGAAUUUCGGGGGAAAGCAAAGAGUUAAGAGAUCAUUUACUCAUUGCACAGGCAUUGAUCUGUAUCGAUAAGUUCUGUGGAAAGGAAUUUGAAAAUAAUGGAUAUGGAGUACUAUACAGACAGUAUCGACUAGAGUUGAUCCAAGGAUGUAAAGAAUCUUCUAGGAUUGUUCUAGAAUGUAUAACGAAGGGUGAUUAUGCAAAGGCCGAUGUAGAGUUAUAUAAUAUCAUUAGCAGCCAACUUCUAAAUACUAAAGAUUCAGCUCAAAUGAAACACGAUAUACAACGUUCUUUAAAUACGCUGAUGAAUGAUACUCUGAGUAUUGCCAAUAGUCUAGAUGGAAAAAUUGAGAAAGAAAAGAAGAGAAGAAAUGACAUACUAAAGGAAAUCAAAGAAAAUGUGACGACAAUUAGACUUAUAUCGAGCAAACACAAUAUUAUGGGGUUACUUGGUAACGAAACUAAAAGUCGGCUGGAAAAUUUUGAUAAUGACAUUAAUAAAAUUUUAUCCGCAAUUCUUUUAACCGGCCUAGAUUCGAUUGAAGACUUUAUAGAUGCUGAUAGUUUUUUUGAAGCCGAGCGAGAUAUGGAUGUUCUCAGUUGUUUAGAACGCGAGUUAACAGGCUAUUGUUCAUCAGAAGAUGUGACUAACAAAAUAAAAGCACUGAAUAACAGAUUGGCUAAUAUAGAUGUUGAACUUUCAAAACAAAACGAUUUUACUGAUGUUCAUAAAUACUCGAUCAAUCCACCAAAGUAUAUUUUAGCUAAGUUAAAGAUGGCUGCCUCACAGUGUGGUGGAAAGUAUAAUAAAGCUUAUACAAGUAUGUUUGAAAUAAUUAGACAAAAUUUUACUUCAGCUAUAGAAAACGCACGUGCUACUCCUUUAGGUGAACGAGCUACAAAACUACGUGCAUUAGAUUACGCAUCACAGUUUUUACCAGAAGAGUUUCAAAAUCCAUUCAGAUUACAGUUCGAGGAAUUGAGCAAGUCUAUGGCCGAUGAGGAGAAAAUAUACAGUCAAGAUUUGGAGACAUGUUUCAUAAAUUCAGACGAACAUGAAGAUGCUAUUAAAAACAUAGGAGGCCUAGCUAAGCAAUAUACCGAACAAAAACUGUAUGAACUUUUUAGUAAAUUGCGUGAACAGGUUUUAAAAAAGCUGCAUAUGUAUCGAACGAAUGUUCAGAGUUGCUUAGAUAUGCAGUCGACUGUUGAUACGAUCAGAAAAAUUUUCAUAUAUAAAGAAUUUUUGAGUGCUUAUAUUCCGGAAAUAGAAGGAAUUUGGAGCAGUACUCAUGUUCUCAUAACAAAACGUUUUUUAAAUUGUUCUGAAACGUUAGAAAAUAUAUCAUCGUUUGAAGAAACAGAUCUAGUCGAAAAAGCUUUUUAUGAAAUGCAGAUUUAUCUCGAUUUUUCUGUUGGAUUUGAUCUAACAGCUCAAGUAUUAUUGUCGGAAAAAAUUUUUCAAAAUGCUACAGAAGGUCUAAGGAAAAUGUAUCAAUAUCUACAUGAUAAUUCUACAAAAUUUCGCGACGCUCUGGAAAAAAUAAAUAUUUUUGAAUUGCACACAUCUGUGAUGAUAUCUAAGAAAUGGGACCUGUUGGUAGUGACAAUUAAUAGCUGUCGACCAAAACAUAAUUUACUACAAAAAUUGCUGGAAGCAAUGAAAAAAAUCAUUCCAUAUGCAGAGAUGAUUUCUGAACUUGAAAAUCUAAUAAACCGUUUAAAUAUUCAAUUCAAUGUUGAACUUGUCAAUGAUGAUACAACAAAAUUUGAAGCAAAACGUGAUGAACUGUUUAGUAAUAUUAAGACGACACUGAGUACGAUAAAAGCAAUAAAUUCUAAAUUUAAAGAUCUGUUACCAUCGCCAUCAGAUGUCAAUGGACUAGAAGAAAAUCUUAAAGCAAAGAUUGAAAGAAUCAUUAGGGAACUUCUUGCUCGAGCAUCAAAAAAAGAACUUUCUAUUAAAGAUGCAGAUGAGUUUCGCAUGUAUUAUAAUCAUCUUUUAUCAUUCGACAAAAAUGUAAAUCUUUCAGGAUUCAACAUUCGAACAGUUUUAGACUUCGCAGAAAAGCAAAUUUUAGAUAAAGUAAUUGCUUUACGCAAGCAAAUAACGGCGAGUAGUGCAUCUAUUGAAGAAAUUUCUCAAAUAUUAAUUAAAAUGAAAUUUCUUGCUGAGAAUCUAUCGUUGUUUGACAGUAAAAUUAAUGCAGAAAUAGAUGAAGGACUAAAAAUUUAUAAAGAAAAAAAGGGUAUGGUAGGCAUCAUGCAAGUAAUUGCAGAAUUACAAAAAAUAGAUCCGGAUACUCGAUUAAUUAGUGAACAUUCGUGUUUAACCGGAGAAGGUUGGCGACGAAGACGUGCAAAAAUGCAAAAACAGGAUGAUAUCGAAUAUAUUCUCAAUGAGUUAACUGGAGGCGAAAUUUCUAAGCAAGUUUUGCGUUCGCGCUACCAGGCGUUCCGGAAAAAAUUCGAUGAAUUGGUGUCUAGUAGACUAAAAUCAUUUGAUCCAAAUACUAACAAAAAGCCAGAUAUAGCCAUGUUAGUCACGCAAAUCAAACACAUUGCUGGAACAGUAGCGCAUACAUCUAAAUCUGUUACCUGGGGUUAUGAGUUUACACAAAAUAUUCCUGAGCUUUUAGCGUAUAUUUUCGCUGUGUGGACUUUAAAAAAUACUCAACAUUAUAAUACGUUGCGAGGCAUUGAAACGGCGCAAUCUUAUCUAUUGAUACCACAUGUUGGGCAGGUCAUUACUGUAUUUCGUCUUUUAGGAAUUGGUUAUGAGUCUCAUGCAGCAAUAGAGUUUGGUAGUACAUCAUUUACAGGAACGGUCGGUAGUAGUUUGAUUAACAAUUUAGUACAGAUAGGCACAGGCGAAGGUAAAUCAGUUGUAUUGGCGAUCACUGCUUGUGUUUUUGCUCUCAUUGGAGUAGACGUCAAUUGUUCAUGUUAUAGCGAAGUUUUAAGUACACGAGAUAAGAAAGAUUUUAUAUCAGUUUUCCAAGCUCUAGGGAUAGAAGAUCGCAUUGAAUAUGGUACAUUUAAUAAAUUAUGUGAACAGCUUUUAAAUGAAAAAUGCAAUAUACGAGAAAAAGUAAGUGAUAUGAUUGUAAACAAUAAUAUUGCCCUAACUGUAGCUGAUAGACGAACACGUAUACGUCCAAAAGUAUUGUUAAUUGAUGAAGUAGAUGUUUUUUUGAGUGAUCAAUUCUAUGGUGGAACGUAUACGCCGGCAGUGUAUUUAAAAAAUCCUUCAAUCAAGGCAUUGCUAGAUUCAAUUUGGCAAACUCAGACAUUAAAAACAUUAAAUAGCGUGAAAGCUCUACCAGCAUAUAAAACUUGUGCUGCUCAGUUUAGUAACUGGAUGUUUCUCUUCGAUGAAGCAAUAAAAGACAUGAUAGCUGCUCUACAAUCGUUCAAGGGCUCAACAUAUAUUGUACAUAACGAUAAGAUUGUUUAUGUCGAAGGUGAAUCGAUGGUAGACAAUGUAGUACGUGGUUACGAUACCAUUUGGGCAUAUUAUUUUGAAAAUGAAAAGGGCAAGAUUAGUGGAAGUAGUCUGGAAACUAACGUGGGGAUUAUUAUAAACUGUGGAGCAUUCUCAUAUGCUGAAAUGCCUCAUGAUUUUGCUUAUAUUGCGGGCGUCACUGGUACCUUAAAAACACUUGCUAAGUCAGAGAAACUUAUACUAACUAAUGUGUAUAACAUACGUAAAAAUACUUAUAUGCCAUCUGUAUUUGGAAAAAAUAACCGUAAUUACGAUGAAACCACUGAUGUAGAAGUAGUGGAGAAGUCUGGAUAUUUCAAGAGAAUUCAUCUAGAAAUUAACGCUAUACUCAAGGCUGAUCGUGCAAUUCUUAUAUUUUUCGAAUAG